AUGGGUGUACCAAAAUUUUAUCGUUGGAUAUCAGAAAGAUAUCCAAAUAUAAGUCGAGUGAUUAAUGAUAAUCAGAUACCUGAUUUUGAUAAUUUUUAUUUGGAUAUGAAUGGAAUAAUUCAUGCAUGUUCACAUAUAAAUGAAGAUAAUUGUGAAAUAAAUGUAACAGAAGAAGAAAUUUUUCGAAAUAUUUUUCAUUAUAUUGAUUUUUUAUUUCGAAUGAUAAAACCAAAAAAAGUAUUUUUUAUGGCUGUUGAUGGUGUUGCACCACGAGCAAAAAUGAAUCAACAACGUGCAAGACGUUUUCGUGCUGGUCGAGAACGAAUUAAGAAAUUAGAAACAAUUGCAAACGAAUCUGGUCAACCAUUAGAUGAAAUAAUUGCUAAAAAUUUUGAUACAAAUUCAAUUACGCCUGGAACACCAUUCAUGGCUCAACUUAAUGAACAAUUAAAAUAUUUUAUACAUGUAAAACUUACUACAGAUCCACUAUGGGAAAAUGUAGAUGUUCAUCUAUCUGGCCAUUUAACACCGGGUGAAGGUGAACAUAAAAUUAUGGAAUAUAUUCGAUAUACACGUUCACAACCGGAGUAUGAUAUCAAUACAAGACAUUGUUUAUAUGGACUUGAUGCAGAUUUGAUUAUGCUUGGUUUAGUCACACAUGAAAUGCAUUUUGCACUUUUACGUGAAGAAGUUAAGUAUGGUUCAAAGAAAAUAUCAAAAAUUCCUGCACCUGAAGAAAUUACUUGGCAAAUACUUCAUACAUGUUUAUUACGUGAUUAUAUCGAUCUUGAAUUUCGUUCGAUAAAAGAUAAAAUAAAAUUUCCAUAUGAUCUUGAAAGUAUUGUUGAUGAUUGGAUACUUAUGGGUUAUUUAGUUGGAAAUGAUUUUAUUCCACAUUUACCACAUUUUCAUAUUAACGAAGAAGCUUUAUCAAUUCUAUGGGAUACAUAUAAAAAAGUUUUACCAACUUUGGAUGGUUAUAUGAAUGAAUCUGGUGAAUUAAAUUUAACACGUUUUGAAAUUUAUUUAACCGAAUUAGCAAAAUUUGAUCAUCAACGAUAUGCAAAUGAAAAUGAUACAUUUAAACAUUUAGCUAAAUUAACUGGACGUAAUAAAAAUUUAUCAAAAAAUAAUUCUGAACUGAAUAAAGAUAAAGAUAAUGGUAAUGAUAAUGAUUUUAAUUUUGCACUAUUAGACAAAUUAAUACCUACAACAUCAACAACAAGUCAAAAGGAAGAUUCUAAUAAUAAUGAAAGUCUUGAUCAAAGUAGUUCUAAUGAAUCAAAAUCAGUUGAUUUAUCUUUAUCAUCAUCAUCAUCAGUAUCAGAGGAUGACGACGAUCUUUCAUCAGAUUCUGAUACACUUAGUGAUAAAUCUUCUUCAACAAUAUCUGAAAUAAAAAAUGAAGAUGAACUUGAAAAUAUGCCAUUAAUUGAAGCUGAAUUUCGUCAACAUAAAAAUCAUUAUUAUCGAGAUAAAAUGCAGAUUAAUUUAACAUCAUCUGAUCAACUUAAAGUUUAUGUUGAACAAUAUAUUAUAGCAUUACAAUGGAUAUUAAAAUAUUAUUAUCAAGGUUGUCCAUCAUGGUCAUGGUUUUAUUCAGAUCAUUAUGCACCAUAUUUAUCUGAUUUAAAAAAUUUUAAAGAUUUAAAAAUUACAUUUCAACUAGGAACACCAUUUAAACCAUUUGAACAACUUUUAAGUGUUCUUCCACCAACAAGUUGUUCUCUUUUACCAGUUAAAUUACAACCAUUAAUGACUGAUCCUAACAGUCCAUUAUUAUAUUUUUAUCCUAAAGAUUUUAAAUUAGAUCAAAAUGAAAAAAAACGAGAUUGGGAAGCAAUUGUAUUACUUCCAUUUAUUGAUGAACAACUUCUUUUAAAUACAAUAACAAAAUAUUAUAAUCAACUUAAUCCAAAUGAACAAAUUCUUAAUCAACAUUUACCAUCAUUAUGUUUUAAAACAACAACAAUAUUAAAUCCAAUAGGAAAUUUAUUAGGAACAAAUCCAUAUUUUCCAACAUUAAAAGAAACUCGAGCAAUAUGUCAAGAAUUUCCAAUUGACUAUUAUCUUCUUGAUAAUCAUCAUAUUAAACAUGGUCGUUUUGAACAAAAAGAUAUGAUUAUUUUUCCUAAAUUUCCUGUUUUAAAUGUUUUACCAUAUAAAUUUGAUUAUAAAAAUAAUGCUGUUAGCGUAUUUGAAUCAUCUUCAAAAGGUACAACACUUGUAUUAAAUUUAAUACAUCAAUCUAAUUCUGAUUGUAUAACAUAUAAUAAUGAAUGGAAUCCAAAAAAUGAAAAAUUUUCUUUACCAUUUCAUAUAACAAAUCAUAAAACAUUAAUGGAACGUUAUUUAGGUAAAUGUGUUUUUGUUAAUUGGCCACAUUUUCAAUAUGGUAUUGUUUGUGCUAUUAAUGAUUUUCAACAUUUAUAUACAUGGACAAAUAUUCCUGGUGGUUCAAAUUUUUAUUUUGAAGUAACAAAUAAUGAAGAAAAUCAAGAUUAUAAAAAUUAUACGCAAACACCAAUUUAUGUAUCUGAUUUUCCAUUUGAAUUAAUAAAUGAUAAUAAUAGAAAAGUUUAUCAUCAUAUUUAUCGAUUAAGUAAUAUUGAACAGCAAAUAGAAUAUAAAAAAGCACUUAAUAUUAAUCGAAUAUAUGAAAAUCGAAGAGGUAUUUCAAUUGGACCAAUACCAAUUUUACUCUAUGUAUGUCCAUUAAUUGGUUAUCGAACAAAAUGUUCAUCAACAUCAGAUAAAUGUCGAACAAUAAUGUGUUUUUCAAAUCAAGCAUUACCUUAUCCAUUACAAACAACACUUUUUAAAAUACCAAAUUAUAAAGAUGAUAUUGAUCAAUUUCCACAAAAAAUACAUGAUUAUUUUAAAAUAAAUGAUCCUAUAUUUGCACUUAAAAUACCAUAUUAUUCAUCGAAUGGUUAUGUACAACAUAUAAAUAAAGAUAAUCAUGGACAAUAUUUAAUUUCAUGUGAAAUGAAAUCAUCUGAUAUGAUUGAUCAUCCGAAUAUUUAUCAAUCAAAAUCUAAAUUUCUUGCACAUCAAUUACAAUAUUUUACAGCACAAGGUAUAGCUAAUCAAUUAAAUAUAUUACCAUGUAUUAUAGCAAAAAUAACGGGAAAAAUUAAUGUUAUUGGAGGAAAUAGAGGACGGCGAAGAGCUAAUCCAACUAAUAUUGGAUUUUCAUGGAAGGUUAAUAAACCUGUUAAACAGCUUCAUGGUUACACAAAGAAAUUUAAUGAUAUAUGGUAUUAUUCAACUGAAGCAAUACGUAUCAUAUCUGAAUACAUUUCAAAAUUUCCUGAUAUUAUUGCAGAAUUAACACGAAAACCAAAUAAAGAUAAUUACUUAGAAUCGAAUAUUUGGCCAGGAAAAAAUGGAAAACAUGAAUUACAACAAGUUCGUACAUGGAUUAAAAAUUUACCAACAUAUUCAAUGUCAUUGACAAGUGCUGCUUGGGAAAUACUUGAUACACCUGUUGUUAAUGAAAUAGAAAAAUUUGUCAAUUCAUUUUAUGAAAAACGUGCAGCAAAACAUCCAAAUGAAAAAACAAAACUAGUAUCUUUUGAACCACAUUAUUUAUUUAAAGCAAAUGAAUCAUUUGGUAUGUGUGAUCCAGAUAUUAGAACAACAUUUUCUGUAUUUGAUCGUGUUGUUAAUGUUCGUCCUGGCACGGGAGUACCUAUUGGUACACGUGGUACUGUUAUCGGUAUUAUGUAUGGUCGAACAAAUUUAGAUACAUAUUAUGAAAUAUUAUUUGAUAAUUUACCUUCAAAUUGUCUCAAUACUAUAUUACUUGGUAAGAAUCAACAAAAAUGUCGUAUUAAAGUUCAUUCAUAUCAUUUACUUAAUUAUUCUCAUUCACUUCGAUUUCGUUCAAUGAAUUAUCAACAUCAACAAUCUGUACCUCCGAGUCAUAUAGAAGACCGAUAUUCAUAUAAACAAAUAUCAACAGUUCGACAACACGAACCUAUGAAUAUUGUAAAAAAAGAUUCAGAUAAUGAGAAUACAAGAACAAAACCAAAAUCAGCACCACCAUUAUCUACACAUGACAACCCAAAUUUUACUCAAGUCAAGGAACAAAAACCAAUUACAGAUGAUUCAACAUCUCCUGUACCAUCAAUAGAACAACCUUCUAUUUCAAUAGAAAAUCCUUCAUCAAUUCCAUUAUUUAUCGAAAAUUCGUCUGAUCCAAAACUAACACUUACACCAAUGAAUAUUACUAUACCAACAGCAACACCGGAUUCUUUAUUGUUUCAUGCCAUUCAAGAUUCUGAACAAUUAGGAAAUUAUCAAUCAUCAUUCGAAACUACUCCAGCAAUACCACCAUUUCAAACUUCAGGUCCACAAAUACCUAUUCAACAAAUGUGGGAACCUAUACAACCUCAAUACAUUCAAGCUCCAUUCAUGAAUGAACCUAGUGAAAAUAUGCCACAAGUUCCAAUGUAUCCAUUUGAACAGCAAUCAUCAAUGUAUACACCAUCACAAUUUCAACAACCAUUAUCUUACCCGCAUUUUCCACCUGGUAUGGAACCAUUCAAUCUUAUGUAUGAUGCUCCACUGAUUCGUAAUGAAUUCAAUCAUGGAAGUCCUUUUCCAUCAUAUAAUUUGCAUCCUCAAGGCGGAUACAUUAACUAUCCUACUGGAUCUGUAAUGACUUCGAUACCAUUUAAUUAUGAACAACAACAACAACAACAACAACAAUUUCCUAUGCAAAUGCAAAAUCCACCUAUGGAUCCAGGUCAGUUACCACCAAUUCCUCUCAUGUCUCAUGAAUCUUCAACAAUGCAAUUUCAGCAACAGGCUUCAACCGGUUUGACAAAUAAAGCAGCUCUUAAAUUUAUUCCAUCACAGAUGACUACUAGUACAACAACAACAUCAAACACAUUAAUCGAUUCACAAUUAGAUUGUGCACUCGAUUUAAUGAGACGUUUACCACCACAACAAGUGGAAAAAAAUCUCUCGGAUCUAAUUGAUCUUGUACCUGAUUUAACUGAAGAACUUUUAGCAGCUGUUGAUCAACCACUUAAAGUUGUUCGUGAUCGAACUGUUGGCAAAGAUUAUUUAUUAUGUGAUUAUAAUCGUGAUGGCGAUUCAUAUCGAUCACCAUGGACGAAUACAUAUACACCACCUUUUGAUGGAAAUCUUCCGUCCGAUCGACUUCGUCAUUUAGAAAUCGAAGCAAAUCAAGCAUUUGAACAAUAUCGUGAAAUGUAUUUUGAAGGUGGUGUUUCAUCGGUUUAUUUUUGGGAUCUUGAAAAUGGUUUUGCUGGUGUUGUACUUAUAAAAAAAGUUGGUGAUGGCAGUAAAAAAAUAAAAGGUUGUUGGGAUUCAAUUCAUGUUAUUGAAGUACAAGAAAAACAAAGUGGUCGAACAGCACAUUAUAAAUUAACAUCAACAGUUAUGCUUUGGUUACAAACACAUAAAACAAUGUCAGGUAUGAUGAAUUUAGGUGGAAGUUUAACACGACAACUUGAAGCUGAUCAUCAAAUAACGGAUUUUUCUCAACAUAUAAUUAAUAUUGGAAAAAUGGUUGAAGAAAUGGAAAAUAAAAUUCGACAAACACUUAAUUCAAUUUAUUUUGGUAAAACAAAAGAUAUUUUAAAUAGUUUAAGAAAUGUAGAAAAUUUUCAAAAUCGUGUUCGAUUACAAGCUAAUUUUACAGGUGAAUUACAAUCAGCACUUAACCGUACAAGACCAACUGAAUAA